UACAUAAUUAGUAAGAUGAAAGUGUAUAUAUUAACUUUAUUAAUUGCUUCAAGUGUAUUUCAAUGUGAUAGUGUUAAAUUCACAAGAUGUAAACUUGUCAGGGAAUUGUUGAAAAUUAAGUCGAUUGACAAAACUUUCCUUGGUAACUGGGUAUGUUUAAUAGAAAAGGAAAGUCAACGGGACACGGCUGCGUAUCGAGAAUCCGGCAGUAGAAAAUACUAUGGAUUGUAUCAGAUACCGCAAGUGUGGUGUAAAAAUGGAAAACGUGGAGGCAAAUGCAAUAUAGCUUGUGAAGCCCUUUUAGAUGAUGAUAUCCGUGAUGACACAGAGUGUGCAGUUCGAAUCUAUGAGAUGGAAGGUUUCAAGUACUGGUCGCAGUGGAUGCAGAGGUGUAAAAAUGAUAAUUUCAUUACUAGUGAAAUUUACAAAUGUCCAGACUUAAGUUCGCCUCGGCUUAGCAGUGAAAAAGAUCUGGAAGAAAAACUUAAGCUAAAAAGACAACAAGAGCAAAUGAGAAAUCACUCCGAUUUGAGAACAUACUAUGGCUUAAAUUGGUUCUUUUAAUUUAAAAAAAAUAACUAAAAUACGUUUAA